GUUUCCUCUCAAAACCAAAAACUAAAACCCUAACAAUUGCUUGGCUAGGGUUUUGCGGGAGCUCCAGCGAUGGAUUCCAAUCAAUUGGAAGCGAACGCUAGCAACGAUUCCAAUCAAUCUCCGCAGCUUCUUGCGGUUCUGAAGGAGAUGAAGUCUGGGUUGGACACUGUGAUGGCCAAAGUCCAAGCCCUAACCCAAAAGGUUAAAGAAGGCCAAUUUCCGACGGCCGAUGGAAUCAGCUAUCUUGAAACGAAGCAUCUGCUUCUUCUAAGCUAUUGCCAAUCCAUCGUUUACUAUUUGCUUCGCAAAGCGAAGGGUUUGUCGAUCGAGGGCCAUCCCGUGGUCCGGAGUCUUGUGGAGAUUCGAUUGUUUCUUGAAAAAAUUCGACCGAUUGAUAAGAAGCUUGAGUACCAAAUCCAGAAGUUGACGAAGGCUGCAACAAAUUUGGUAUCUGAGAGAGCAAUGAGCAUUGGAGAGGAGACGGAGGUGGGAAAGAAGGAUGAGGAGGAUUCCUUGAAGUUCCGGCCUAAUCCAGAUAUGCUUGUUAGCAAGUCAGUACCAGCCGACAAGGAUGGUGGAGGUGUUUAUCGGCCCCCGAGGUUUGCCCCAGCAAGUAUGGAAAAUGAUAAAUUAUCAAAGCAGGAGAAGCAAGCUAUCAGAAAGGACAAACAAUUUCUCCGACAAGCUAGAGAGAAUACCUAUUUCAAAGAACUCAUGGAUAACAUGGAAGAUAAACCAGAAGAGAUUAGAGAAUUUUAUGGGACAGAUAGCAAGGAGGUUGAAAGAUACAAAGCAAAGAGAGAGGCGCGUGAUAAACAAGAAGAAGAGCUUUUCACUCGAGCUCCAAUUUCAAAACGAGAAAAAAGGCUAGAGAGACACAUGUUGAAGUCAAGAAAUGGAUUGCUUGGCUUAACUGAUGGUUUCAAUGAGGAAAUGAGAAUGUUACCUCUGGAAGGGAAGGACAGGGACACUGAGACCAGCUACAACCUAACUGGUAGUGGAGGCAAAAGAUUUAAGAAGCGCAAGAGAAAGCAUUGAAGAUUUAGCUGCAGAGACAAAACCCCCAAGGACUUGUUUUAUUAAUUGAAUUCAAAAUGUAUAAGGAAGCUGGGUAGGUUCCAGGUACUCCACAGUUCCCCUUCUUCAGAUAUCAGUAGAAGCCCUGCAACAAAUUUCGAUGAUUUUACAAUCACCUUGCUUUUUCAGAUGUCCACCACUAUCGUAAUUUUAGUCUCAAUUGUGUAGGUUACACAGCUUUGUAUUGUUUGUGAUGUUUAUGUAGCCUAUAUUUUCUAUAGCAUUUUGAUGUUGGAAUCUUUGGUGAUGCCCGCUUCCGGGUUGAAGGGAAGUAUUGAGUCACAUUUUUUGGAAACCA